CUACAGCACUAUUAACAGAAUGGUCAAGACAAUCCCCUUUGGCAGUGUCGAGGUUCCGUCGCCGGGCUUCGGGGCGAUGGGUAUCAGCUUCGCGUUUGGUAGCAACCUCAGCCUAGAAGAAGCCGAACCAGUUCUGCUGAAGGCAGUUGAGUUGGGAUGCACAUUUUGGGAUACUGCUGUGUCAUAUCAGGCGGGAGUAAAUGAGAAGCUCUUAGGAGACUUCAUCAGGAAGCACAAUCUUCGGGAUAAGAUCUUCAUUGCCUCUAAGUGUGGCUUUGAUGUUUUUGGAGAUGGCUCAGUCACUAACUCUGCCUCUCACAUCAAGACAUACAUUGAUGGCACAAUUGAGCGCCUAGGCUUUACGCCGGACCUGUAUUAUCUGCAUCGGAUGGAUCCGAAUACCCCUCUCCAGGAAUCUAUCACAGCUCUCGAUGAAAUUCGUAAGGCGGAAAAGACUCGGUAUAUCGGUAUUUCGGAAUGCUCGGCACAGACCCUGCGUACUGCUAAUUCAAUUGCCAAAAUUGACGCCGUUCAGGCUGAGUACUCGGCCUUUGAGACCGUGCACGAGACAGACGGCCUGAUUCAGGCUUGCAAGGAACUUGGCGUGACGUACGUUGCGUAUGGUCCAUUGGGGCAUGGCUGGCUCGUCGACAACUUCCCCUAUCAGUCACCCGAAGACUUUGCGGAAGAUGACUUCCGCCGCCACAACUGUCCCAAGUACCAGGGCGAGAACUUCUAUAAAAACAAGGCAAUUGUGGAAGAAAUGAAAAAGAUCUCUGCUCGUAGAGGUUGUGCGCUCAGUCAAGUCGCGCUGGCUUGGGUCGCUUCCCAGGGACUGCUUGCAAUCCCUGGCACCACCAACCCACAACGCUUAGAAGAGAAUUGGGCAUCUCGGGAUAUCGAGCUGACUGACGAGGAGAAGCAGGAAAUCCGGAAGAUUAUUGAGUCUAACAAGCCGCAUGGUAACAGGUACAAUGAGACUUGGCAGGCGAUGGUGGGUCACUAG